GAUGCUCGGUGAGAGAGUGAGCCCAGGAAGGGAAGUGUUCUUGAUUUACCCCAGCCUGGGGAAAGCAGAUCAGCCUGGCUGGAGAGGGAGCAGCCCUGCAGGAAGGAUGGGAAUGGUGCUGCGAGCAGCCGUGCUCCUGAGCUCUCUUCUCCACUGCAGCGCUUUUCUGGACCUGAGUGGUUCCAGUGAGAUCAAAGGGGUCUGGAAGGACUCUGUCACUCUGCCUUGUGCCUAUGUGCCUGUGGAGGACCUCGUGCAGCAAACCCUCACCUGGACUGUGGUGCAUGACAAGGGUUCAGGUGCCAUCAUUCGGAGGGAUGACUCUGGGGAUCACAUUCUCCUGUCUGAGUACAGGGACAGAGUCAGCAUCACAAAGGAUGCCCCAGGAAAUGUGUCUCUUCUCAUCCUGAGCCUGGAGAUCUCUGACAGAGGAACCUACACUUGCCAGGUCACCUGGAGAGACAGCAACAACAGCCUGAUAGCAAAGGAGAUCGCCAUCAGAUUGGAGGUUGUUAAAGUGGCAGCCACCAAGCCCAUCAUCAGAGCUGCGGAGCCGGGGCUGACGCUGCCCGCCGGAGCCAGCACCAGCCUGAGCUGCGAGGCCGGCGGCUCCCCUCCCAUCAGCUACCGCUGGUUCCGGAGCGGCCCGGCGGGCACAGCCGAGCUCCUGAGCAGCGGGGCUGAGCUGGCCUGGCCCAGCCUGCGGCCCUCGGACAGCGGCACGUACUUCUGCGAGGCACACAACAGGGCUGGCGCCGGCGCCGUGCAGCGCAGCGAUGCUGUGCACCUGACGGUCACAGAAAUACCUCAAACAGAGCUGGUGUCUGGAGGUACCUCAGGAAUCUCCUGGACUCCAUGGGGCCCCACCACUACUGCAGAUCUGCCCAUAACAGCAACGACUUCUGAGAGUGGUGUGGGAUAUCCAGGGAAGAAUGAAACAAUUCAUGAAUUCCAGAGGACUGGCUUGUCCCUGUACCUGGUCAUCCUGAUUGCUGUGGUGUGUGGUGCUGUGGUUUUCCUUAUCAUCUCUCUUAUCACUUGCAUUAGAAAGCCCAAAGAUGGUCAAGUCUAUGAUGUAAAAUUCCACAACUCAAGAGCAGCAGCUUCUUCCAGCACAGGUCACUAUGAGGAACCCAUCUCUGCCUCUGAAAACCACUAUGUGAUGGAGGUCAGCAAAAACAAAGUCUCUGAAGAAGUAAAUAAGAAUGUGUCUGGCUCUGUUGCCAGCCCCCAGGAAUCUGAGUAUGAAGUAGGGGACGCUUCCUGAGAGCCAACAAUGCUCUGCAGGUACCAGUCCUGAGGAGCACCUUCACCCAGACAAAAUACAUAUUUAUUUUCCUUUCUGCCCCUGACAAAUAGGUUGAACAAGCAGUGGUUGCUCACCCUUCACAGUCCCUGCAGUGAAAAUGCAGGAACUUCAGUUACAGACUGCUGCAUAGAAUUUCUGAUUUUGUUUUCCUUGAUUCCAUUUCACCACCUCUAUCCACUAAAGCCCUUUGAAUGCUGCAGCAGGCAGGUCCCAGGCUAGGAGCACUAUACUGAACUUACUGCUUUAUCUGGCCAAAAGGACCAGUGUUUCCAGCCUUUGUGUGGUGGGAGGAGAGCCAGCACCAGGGGCUGCUCAGCAUCCCCCUCCCUGGGGGUGAGCAGGGUGGUCAGUCACACUGGGGUCUGAGCUCUCACUGCUGAAACCCCAUGGGGAAGGGCUGCAAGGAAUCCCACAGCUUGCCCCAAAAUCACUCAAUUCCAGCUGCACUGCAAAGGCACAGGCAAUGCAGCCCUCCCAAAGUGGUUAAACAGCAGUGUUAUCCUGGCUGGACAGCCAGCACCAGGAGCUGAUGAUAUUAAAUACAGCUGUUGAAAGACAAGCUCAUUAAACUGAAAAUAAUUCUGUGAA